ACACCGGAAGUGCCCUGCCACGGCCGUUCCGCUUCCUGAAGCAUUCGAUCUUCCGAGCUCAGGGCAGUAGCACUUCCCGCUUGUGCGGUACUUACCAGGGAGUGGAAGCCAAGAAACCGAGCAGGAGUGUGGGAAUUCCGGAUUUCGAAGCGUGUGCCUCUAUGAUCCUACAACAGUUUUACAGCCCCCAUUUUAUUUGCACUAGGUAAGCCGGCGUGCAGCUUUGAAAGGUGACGAGUGGCCAGUGAUCAAAGAAAAAAGAAUUGAACCAUGGCAGAUCAAAACCGACCUCAACGAAAGAUGUCCACAACAGGGGAUAGCUUAUACAAGAUGCUAGGGCUUGAGAAAGGGGCAUCAGCAGAAGACAUCAAAAGAGCUUACAGGAAACUUGCACUGAAGUAUCAUCCAGACAAGAACCCUGACAACCCAGAAGCGGCAGAUAAAUUUAAAGAAAUUAACAAUGCGAACUCUAUCCUUAACGAUGAGAACAAAAGGAAGAUCUAUGAUGAGUAUGGCUCUAUGGGACUGUACGUGGCUGAGCAGUUUGGCGAGGAGAGUGUGAAAUAUUACUUUCUGAUGUCCAAGUGGUGGUUUAAGGCCCUGGCGUUCUGCUGUGGCAUCUUCACUUGCUGCUGCUGUUGCUGCUGCUGCUGCUUCUGCUGUGGGAAGUGUAAACCGGCCGAAGACGACGAGAACUACCAGUACGUGGACCCAGAGGACUUGGAGGCCCAGAUCCGAGCCGAGCAAGAUGCAGGUGACAACGUUAUAAUUGCACAGCCUGUCCCUAGUUCAGCCCCCGAAAACUCAGAUACAAGACCUCCAAUUGUGAUUCAGCCACAUUCCACAAUCUGCACUUCAGAGUCCACCCAGCUUUCCACAGGCCAAAAGCUCAGCUACGUGACCGAGAACUAACUAGCAGCACCAGCCCUUCGAAAGACUUCCUACCUUGACGUUCGCAGAUGCCAAUACCUAUGUGAUUUCCCACACGUUUAUGGUUAGGAAAGUUAAUGGCAUGUGAUAUGAAGCAUAAUGUGGCACUCUUGACAAAGAAAAAAAAAUGUGUUGGGGAACAAUUAUUGCCACCAUCAAAGUGUAAUGUUGCUCUGGUAUUGGAAAGCGAAUUACUACUGUACCAAAACAGCCCAGUCAAGAUGUGAAAGAGUUUCAGUUUAUCAGGUCAAAACUUUGUCCAAGUGCCAUCCUGAUACUGUUGCAUGGAUAGGUGGAUGUGCUCGUGUCUUAAGUGCAUGUACCUGAUGCAUGUCCUCUGUUGUACGUUUUGACCUUGUGCCAUGUAACAAGAAUCUUUGCCGUGUCUGUAGUUCUCUGGAGUCUCACUUAAGAGGGUUUAAGUGUUUACAAGCUCAAGGUUGUGUUGCUUUUUUUUUCCUAAUAAAAAGCAGAAAUCACCCAGUCAACCUUUUUUUUAAAUGAAAAAAGUAGCACUUUAAUUCUACUUUGACCGUUCAUUACAUUUUGUAGCCCAAAACCGAAAGGUAUAUGUAGGUGCUAUGCUAAAAUAUAAAUGCUUGACCAAAAUCAAAACAUAAUUGUAGUUUUUGAUCAAAUAACCACCUUGGUUUAAGACACCGAGAUCUGUGCCAGUUCCUGAGUGAAGAGAGCAUUAUAAAACGGCCUCCUGCUUCUGGUACAGAGAUCUCGUACCUGUCAGGCCCUCCGUGUAGGAUUAAAGUACUUGAUUUUAAUGGAAAUUGGAUAAAAUUAAAAUAGAUUUUUUUUGUGAGAUUUCAGAGUCCUAAAGAAAUGGUUCUGGGUUCUUUUCUACCAAAAUGAAAAUCUACAGGGCCUUUUUUUUGGAAACCAAAAAGGCAUCAUAAUUAAUGGAAAGGAUUACCAGCGAUGUGCUGGAAUGUGUAUUUACAUUGUUUCUAAUUAGUUGUAUUGGGUGGAUAGUCAGCCUUUGUGUAGUAGCUGUGGAAAGUGUAGUUUUUGGAGUGACUGAGAGGAUGGCUUUCUGGGCUCUGGUAUUGGUGCUGUACAGAGGCGACAGAGUGGCCUCAGGCUCCAUUAGCCUUUGACUAGCAAGAAGGAAGAUUUUGGUAUGUUAGAUAUGAGUCACGCCAAGCUCAUAGUCAUCUGCAGGACGGGGUUAUGUGUGCUGACCACUUUAUGUCCACAACCUCUUGGAGUGCUGCUACUGAAGGAACUUUGUUUCUGGAUUCUGGAUCAAUCAAAAGAGUUUCAAGCCUUUUGUACUUUUCUUUAAAGUAAUGCUGUGUAGUCAGGAAGCUUCACUCGGACAAUAUAUGCAGCAUAAAAGACUGCUAUGCCAAAUGUAUGUUUUUUUUGCUUUCUGUGCUACUUGCUGAUAAUUUAACACUGGUCUACUGUUGUAACAAGAAGGCCAUUUUCUUCACAUAAAUGGUCUAAAUGUUUUUGUCUCUGUCCUUAAACUAUUGUGAGUAUGAGAUGAGCGAGGUAGAUAACUAUUUUUCAGUGCUAGACAUUUUUAUUGCUUGAACUCUAAACACAAGACUGUGUGCAAAUCCUUCUAAGUCCUCCAGCUUAUUCAUAGUUUGGAUAUUUAAUAAGUAUAGUUUUCCAUUACUUUUUUUGUACUUUGGGGAGCUGAGCACAUUCAGUAAAUUUCUGGGUUUUGGUGUCAUUGCAGCAUUUUUAACAAACUGUGAAUGUUUGCCAAAUACUGUUGUUGGCUGUCUUUUUGUAUUUUUCAGCUGUAUGUUGUGUGGUGCAAUGUGGUUUCUCUAAUUCUGUGGUUUGCCCAUCAUCUGUCCCCAAAACUAUUUCAUGGUUUUAUUUAGUGAUGAUCAUGGAUUAGGAAACCUAGAUUUUAAAUGUUGUUCAUUUUGAUUUUUUUUGUUUUAAAUGUGUUUCCAUCAUCUAACUUAUCCCAAAUAAGCAAUUUAGUAUACAUGUAUCUAGUCUAUAAGGCCACUUUAUAUUGUGCCACAGAGCACAGUUGAAAAUGGCAAUAAUAAAGUGCCCUGAUUUUGUAAUUUAAUUUUGAAUUGACUACCCACCUUGAAACCUGUAAAUAACAGCAUUUAUACUUUUUUCAUUUAUAGUAAAAUGCCAAUUGGUUUUGUGUCAUUAGAUUUUGUUAUUGAUUUGUGACUGAUGAUGCAGCACUUUAGUGAAAUACAGAAGUAUCAGUGUUAACAGAAUGAGUGCAUCAAUUAAAUAACUUGUAAAACCACAAAGUGCAAAAUCCACUUAUCUCAUAAUUCACAGAUUUCUUCUCCUGAAAUCCGUUUUAAAAAUGCACCAUCUUAAACUAUGUUUAAAGGCAGGGACUGCUGUCAAAAAUAAAUAUUAAAAUACCAGCUGCACUAGAUGUUAGUCUUGGGCCUCUUUCUCGGGAAAAGGUUCAUUCUAGUUAACAAAUUUUUAAUAUGGUUGUGUACAACUGUUUAAAAAAGUAAAAUAGAUAAUUUCACUGGUGGCUUAGAAGGUUUUGCUUUAAGUACAGUAUUUACAGUUGGGACCGAGGUUCAAGCACUAGUUAGCUUUAUUCAAUUUUGAAAUUUAACAAUGUUUCUGUUUAAAUCUAUGUAACGGAGGUUAUGGCAAUCUGUUUGCAAAUAAAUCAUACAAUUAACAGUCAGCAAUCAAUCAAUAUUUUUGUGGAAAUCACGGUUUUGUACUGGCAACUAGCAAUCUUAACUACCAAUAAUUAAGUUAGAAAAUGACAGAUUCAUCUCCACAAGAUGUCAAGGCAGAUAUUUUAAGAAUUCUUUCCAUUUUAAUGUUUACUUUUUAGUUUAUAUAUAAAGUUUAAUUUUAAUGAAUGUAUUAUGUUUAUUGGCAGUUUUGGAGAGCUGACAGUAGCCAAAAAAUUGGAAUUGUUGUUUGAGGCUUAAGAAAUAAGGAGUAUCUAUGGUAAUGUUGGUUAUGCUGGCAGAGAAGUCUGUUUGUUUUAGGUUUCUUCACAAAUGUUGUGUAAAAUACUUGUUUUUUUUGGUCUCGCUGAUUAUUGUUCCCUUAUUUUUCUUUUUCUUAUUGUUCCAAAUGUCCUUAUACAGACCUGACUUGCAAACAUGUAUAUUUAUACCACCAAAUAAAGGGAGGGGAGGUGGGGUUUAUAUCAA